ACCAAAGAAGGAAAAAAGAAGAUUACUAGCAUGACCCACCUAUUUCCCACACUCCUUAUCGCCCUCAUUCUCCUCUCAUCAUCACCGCAAAUCUCUGGAUCGCCGUCCGAAUGCGAUGUGGGGCCCACCAACGGGUGCCACGACAAGCCCGCCGCUCUACGCCUGAAGAUCAUCGCCAUAUGCGCCAUCCUCGUCACUAGCAUGAUAGGUGUGUGCCUGCCACUCAUCACACGCUCAAUCCCAGCCGUUCAUCCAGAUAGGAACUUGUUCUUCGUGGUCAAGGCGUUCGCGUCGGGCGUGAUCCUGGCCACCGGGUACAUGCACGUAAUGCCCGACUCGUUCGAUGACUUGAGAUCCGAAUGCUUACCCGAGAACCCGUGGAGGAAGUUCCCCUUCACGAUGUUCGUGGCUAUGUUGUCAGCUGUCGUCACGUUGAUGGUGGAUUCUUUCGCGAUGAGUUUCUACAAGAAGCGUAAUUCGGGUCUGGCCGUGUCCACGGACCCGGACCCGUCUAGUGAUCCGGAGAAGAAGGUGGGCCAUGACCAUGCUCACGAUCAUAACGAAGAUGAACAGUCACUGUUGCUGCGGUACCGCGUCGUCGCUCAGGUACUAGAAUUAGGGAUUGUAGUUCACUCAGUUGUGAUUGGGCUUUCAAUGGGUGCCUCUCAAAACCCUUGCACAAUCAGGCCUCUUGUAGCUGCCCUUUGCUUCCAUCAGCUCUUUGAAGGCAUGGGCCUUGGUGGCUGCAUCCUCCAGGCCGAUUACAAAAUCAAGAUGAAGGCUAUCAUGGUGUUUUUCUUCUCCUUCACAACUCCAUUCGGCAUCGCCCUCGGCAUCGGUCUAUCAAACGUCUACCGUGAUAACAGCCCAACGGCCCUGAUUGUAGUGGGGCUGCUGAAUGCUUCAUCAGCUGGACUUUUGAACUACAUGGCGUUGGUGGAUCUUUUAGCCGCAGACUUCAUGGGCCCAAAGCUACAAAGCAAUCCAAAGCUUCAGAUAUGGGCUUAUGUUGCAGUCUUCUUAGGUGCCGGUGGCAUGUCGCUUAUGGCAAAAUGGGCAUGACACAGAUAGAUGUUGCACAGGUUUAAAUCUGAUAAUUUGUUACUACAAAUCGAUGGAUUGCAUGAAACUGGAACAUGGGCCACAUUUUCAUGGUUUGUUGAUCACCAUCUGCACAAAUUCCUAUGAAAAUAAGUAUUCUUUGAAAGAA